AUGGCUUCGUCGACGUCUUCCAACGUCGUCGGUGUACACUACCGAGUGGGAAAGAAAAUCGGAGAGGGUUCAUUCGGUGUCAUUUUCGAGGGUACCAACCUCCUCAAUAACCAGCAGGUUGCCAUCAAAUUCGAGCCGCGCAAGAGUGAUGCUCCCCAGCUUCGCGAUGAGUACAGGACAUACAAGAUCCUUGUGGGAUGCCCUGGGAUUCCUAAUGUCUACUACUUCGGCCAAGAAGGUCUUCACAACAUCUUGGUUAUCGAUCUCCUCGGUCCCUCCCUAGAAGAUCUCUUCGACCACUGCAAUCGCCGGUUCAGUCUCAAGACGGUCGUUAUGGUCGCCAAGCAAAUGUUGUCCCGUGUCCAAACCAUCCACGAGAAGAACCUGAUCUAUCGCGAUAUCAAGCCCGACAACUUCUUGAUCGGAAGGCAAGGAACCAAGACCGCCAAUGUCAUCCACGUAGUUGAUUUCGGUAUGGCCAAGCAGUACCGUGACCCCAAGACCAAGCAGCACAUUCCCUACCGCGAGAGGAAAUCGCUUUCGGGAACUGCCCGUUACAUGUCCAUCAACACCCAUCUUGGCCGCGAGCAAUCCCGACGAGAUGAUCUCGAGGCCUUGGGCCACGUUUUCAUGUACUUCCUCCGCGGUGGCUUGCCGUGGCAAGGCCUCAAGGCUGCUACUAACAAGCAAAAGUAUGAGAAGAUUGGCGAGAAGAAGCAGACCACUGCCAUCAAAGAUCUCUGCGAAGGAUUCCCCGAACAGUUUGCCCAAUACCUCACAUACGUCCGCAACCUUGGCUUCGAGGACCAACCCGACUACGACUACCUCCGCGAACUUUUCUCUCAGGCGCUCAAGGAUGCCGGUGGCGUCGAGGACGGCGAGUAUGACUGGAUGAAGGUUAACAAGUCCGACAAGAAGGGGGACUGGGACCGGCCUGGGGCUUUGCACAACCCAAACGCGAGACCUGGGCCCUCAGCUAUGGAGAUCCACAAUUCGAGGGGGCCCACGACCCAUCACGCAAGCGACCCCCGAGCUCAAUUGACGGCCGCUCGUUUAAACGCCCCGCAGCCCUCGCCUCCAGCUCAGCCGGGGCAGCGGGCGAAAGAGCAACCAAACGUCAACGUGCAGAAUAACCGGGCCUACAAGUCCCAACCCACGCCCACCCAGUCGGCGGGAGCUGGGGCGCAACCAUACAACAUGCAGCAGCCUCCGCAACGAACUGCGACAAUGACCCACACUGCCACACAGAACACGAACCCACCACCUUCUAACCAGCAACAGCAACAGCAAGGCGGCAUCAAGGGCAUCUGGAAGGCCCUGUGCUGCAGCUGA